UUGGCAACCGUUGCGGGGCUCCCGGGCCCUGACGUGGGACCAAAGGCCGCUGACAUCCCCUCUUUCGGGCCCUGAGGUACCUCGGCCUGGUGUGCCCAGGACGUUCCCGUCGGAUGGCGGAGUACUGUGAACGACGCCCAUGAAGCCGGUGGUCCUAGUUGUGCUGUGGCUAUGGCCUUCGUCCCUAUUGGCGUAUCCAACCAUAACUGUGUUGCCUGAUGAAGAGCAGAAUUUGAAUCAUUAUGUACAAGUUUUACAGAACCUGAUAAUGAGUGUUCCCACUAGGGAUCAGGGCUCUGGGGAAACGUCAAAGCCCUCAGGAACUGUGGAAGUUGCGGAACAGAGGUCCUCGCCUGAGCUGAUGCACACCCCUGAAGUUACCCCUGAGAACGACGGUCUGAUCAGGCCCAUCAGCAAGGAAAAGACAACUUUCGCUUCUAGCGGCUUCACACUGGGAAUAGAGAGGAGAAAAAAAACCAAAAGUACAGCGUUCUGGUCCAUCCGGCCAAAUAACGUUUCUGUUGUUUUACACGCGGAUGAACCGUACAUUGAGACAGAAGAGCCAGAGCCGGAGCCGGAGCCGGAGCCAGAACCCCAGUCUAGGCCAAUGAUAGUUCCUGAGUAUGAGUCGGAGGCGGAGCUGGAGCAUGGAACCCUGCAAGAGUCAGAUCUAGACGACCAGGAAGAGUUAGACACACAGCAAAACAGGAUGCAAAUGGAGGUCCAGAGUAUGACAUCCAUGGUUUCCCAGCCAUGGUCGGCAACUGCACAUGUCACCGUAACAACCAGAACCACCAGCAACUUGGAUAGCUCCAUAGACUCUGAGGAUGUGCCCCAGCUCUCAGGCCAGUCGGAAACCGAGAACUUCGAAGACUUCUCUGGACGCCACUCCCUGAGUCCGAGAUAUGAGGACAUUUUGAGAAAAAUUUCCAAUAUUAAUGCAGACAUUCAGCGGGGGCCUCUUGGUGACGGCAACAACCCCGCGUACAAAGAGUACAUCAAGGCCUCCAAGGAGCACCUGAAACGGAGCCUGGCCCUGGCCGCAGCCGCCGAGCACAAGUUAGAACAGAUGUACAGUUCUCGUGUCUUCCAGGAGGGAGAGACCAGCGAGUCCGUUGAUGACAUGGAAACGGUUAUCAACAUGCUGUACAAUUCCAGGUCCAAGCUGCCGGAGUAUUUGAAUAGUAAGCGUAUACCAUCAGAGCUGAGAGAAAAGGCCACUGUCGUGAUUGGUGUGUUGAAAAAACUAUUAUGUGUAGAUCAGGUAGAAACGCAACGCCUUAUUAGGAAGCUGUUAAGCAAUAAUAUGAAAAUCCUAAAUAUCCUUGAUGUCCCAUGAGCAAACUCAUUUAAGCAAAGGGCUCAUCCACAGGAAAAUAAGCAUAUUAGUGAUUUCAAAAGUUGCCUAAAAUAUUUUCUAUUAUACUUCCAUGUGCUAACAUCCUUAUGUU